GGCAAGGACUGCAGCAGCAUGCACCAACCGCGGUUGAGCUGUUCGGGGACACGAGGAAGGGGAACUGAGGAGAGAAAAUAGUGUGCUAUCUCACAGCAGCCUACGUGUACAUCUUUGCAGCGGAGGGAACGAUGCAUUUCAAGAGUGGAUAGCUUAUGUUAUCCGGCCUCCUCUGCACUGCCUCUGCAUCCCAUUCACCCUGCUCCUCCCACUCCAACUCUUCCUCCUCCUCCUCCUGUCUACAGCAUCAUUAGCCCGGACUACAGAUUGACUGGGUCUAGUGAGUGGUGGAUGGUCAGGUUUGCCCCGGCUGAAAGAUUCUUCUGUGGCUAUGCUACAUCUACACCUUCACUGAUGGCUGGAUUGUAAUCGUCAUUUGGAGCUAGAAGAUAACCCACAACCCGAAAAGAAUCUCGGAUGUGUGUGGCAUUCUGUACCAGUGUUGUCAUUGGCGCAUUUCCUCUAUUUCGCUGGUUGUUUUUGCCUUCUCUGAGACUGGCUAGCAGGCACUGCAGCAUCAGGACCGCAAGACCCAUGAAGCAGUAGGGCAUGAGGACCCAGGGGCAACCCAAAGGAAGGGCUUGAGUGCUUCAAUUGCUACCACUGCUGCUGAGCUGAGUGAUUGGGACAGCGGGUGGAAGAGAAGAUGCUUAUGGCCCGAGACACGGCGCGGGACGAGGCUCAAAAGCUUCACAGGAAGUGGCUGAAGCACCAGGCCUUUAUGGCGGAACUGGCCCGCAAUAAAGAAUGGCUCGCCAAGAUAGAACAGGAGGGUCAGGAGCUGAUCCAGGAGAAGCCCGAGCUGCGUUUAGUCGUUCAGCAGAAACUUGUGGAGAUAAGAGAGUGCUGGUCCGACCUGGAGAGCACAACCAAGGCCAAGGCCCGCCAGCUCUUUGAAAACAACAAGCCUGAGCCGGCGGUGAAGAGCUACUCAGACCUCGACAACCAGCUCUCCCACCUGGAGCAGCAGCCCCCCCAGCUGGAACAGGCACACCAUCUGCCCACCUUCAAUGAACAGCUCCAGAAAUUCCAGGCUAUGGAGUCUCAGAUAGGGGACUUUUACAAGGAUGUGGGAGAGCUGGGAAGCUUGCAGGGUGUCUGCCUACCCCAGCGAGGGCUGAUGGCAGGUGACAGGGAGGCCGGCGAGCAGUCAGGCGUGGUAGAGACUCGCAUCGUCCGCCUCAUUGAGCCCCUGAAGGAGAGACGUCGCAUCCUGCUGGCUUCCAAAGAGAUGCAUCAAGUCGCCCAGGACCUGGAGGAUGAGAUACUGUGGAUCCAGGAGAGGCUUCCCUUGGCCUCCUGUAAGGAUUAUGGGAAUAACCUCCAGAGUGUACAGCAGCAUGUAAAAAAGAACCAGACACUCCAGAGGGAGCUGACAGGUCGGCGCGCUCGUGUAGAGGAGGUUCUGGACCGGGCGGGGAUCAUCGCUUCGCUGAGGACUCCUGAGGUGGAGUUUGUGCGUGAAGGGGCGGGGCAUGUGCGCCAGCUGUGGGAGGUUUUGCAGCUGGAGGCAGAGAGGAGGUGUGUGAUGCUGGAUGCCACACUGCAAGCUCAGCAGUACUACAAUGAGGCGGUUAAAGUGGAGUCCUGGCUGUCAGGUCAGAAGCUGCAUCUGGUCAAUGAAGAAAAAGGCACGGAUGAGGCGAGCACCCUGCAGCUGCUGAAGGGCCACCUGGCUCUGGAGCAAACGGUGGAAACAUAUGCAGAGACAGUAGGCAUGCUCUCCCAGCAAUGCCAGCGUCUACAGGAACUGGGACACCCAGAAAGUGAGCAGCUCACCAAGCAGCAGUCCCACAUAGACCGGCUGUAUGUGUCUCUGAAGGACAUGGUGGAGCACAGGAAGAACAAGCUGGAGCAGCAGUACUGGCUCUAUCAGCUCAACAAGGACGUGGAGGAGUUAGAGAAGUGGAUCACUCAGCGUGAGACAGUGGCCAGUUCCACCGAGCUGGGCCAGGACCUCGAGGAUGUCACGGUGCUUCAGGAGAGAUUCACCAAGUUUGCCUCAGAAACCAACAGCAUUGGCCAGCAGCGCAUGGAGCAGGUGAACAAAAUGGUGAACGAGAUGAUUGACUGCGGCCACUCGGACGCAGCCACUAUCGCCGAGUGGAAGGAUGGACUGAACGAGUCGUGGGCCGACCUCCUAGAGCUGAUGGAGACCCGCAGACAGAUGCUGGCAGCAUCGCACCAGCUGCAUAAGUUCUUCACUGACUGCAAAGAGGUCUUGGCUCAGAUCGCAGGGAAGAUGAAGCAGCUGCCAGAGGUGAGGGCGUGCCAAGCCAACAUCACCAAUCCAGCCACCCUACAGAGACUCAUGCACUCUUUUGAGCAUGCCCUUCAACUGCUAGUUGCACAGGUGAGGCAGCUGCAGGAAAACGCUGCCCAGUUGAGGACAAUCUAUGCUGGUGAAAAGGCUGAGGCCAUCAUGGUCAAAGAGCAGGAAGUGAUGGAGGCCUGGAGGGAGCUUCUGAGCUCUUGUGAGGCCAGUCGCGUCCAGGUCACUUCUGUAACAGACAAGGUGCAGUUCUUUUCAGUGGUGCGUGAAAACCUGAUGUGGAUGGAAGGCAUCAUGGGCCAGAUUGGAUGGGAUGAGCCCAGGGAUUUGACGGCUCUCGAGGUGAUGAUGAGACAACAUCAGGAGCUGAAAGCCAAAGUAGACGGCCGCAGCAAGACCAUACAGCAGUGUGCAGAUCUGGGCAAGAUCCUAAUAGCUGCAGGCAACCUUGCAUCAGAGGAGAUAAAAGAGAAGCUGGACAGUCUUCUGGCUAAGCAGAGGGAUCUUGUUGAAAAAUGGGACAAACACCAGGAAAAGUUACAGCGCAAGCAGGAAAAGUUCCAGUUUGCCCAGGAGACGGUUAAGGCGGAAGCCUGGCUAAAGGCCAAGGAGCCGCUGAUCACCUCCAAGGAGCCAGAGGGAGGAGAGGCCCGGACCCAAACUGACGAGGUUGAGCAACUCAUCCUUCGCCACGAGGCCUUCCGCAAGGCUGCUGUAACCUGGAAAGAACGCUUCAGCUCUCUCCGCCAGCUUUCCGCAGCUGAGAAGAAAAAAGAGGAGGAGAAAAAGACAACCCCACUCUCCAGCCGAAGGAUGUUCCCAUUAUCAUGUCUGACUCCCAGUGUUCCCUCAUCCAGUGUUCCCUCAUCUUUCUUGAGGCAGACGGUACAGCAUAUAGAACCCAAACCCUUACAGACCAGUCUGGAUCUGGGUGCCUCCCCUGCAACCCAGAGAUUGUCCUCAACCCUAGCCAGUUACAAGCCAGUUAUAAAUGGAUCAGGCUACCAUGGACUGGAACAGCAGUGCAGUGGGAAGUUGGCAAGCUCCUCAUACCUUGGCAUGAACCACCAGGGGGCGGGAGGUGGAAGUGACUCCGGUUUCUCUGCGCUGACCUCUCAGAGUGCUGGAGCAGAUACUUCUACUUAUCAUGGGAUAAACCAUCUGCCAACUGCUGGCAGUGCGGAGAGCUCUGGGUACUUUGGACUGACUACUGGGAGUGUGGGUGGUACACAAAACCAUCUAGGCAGUGGCAGGUUAGGAAGUUCAGGUAACCUAGCUCAGCAGCCAAGCAGUGGAGGUAUGGGAAGCCCUGGCUUUCUGCCUCAACCGAAUAUGGGCAGUUCUGGAUAUUUGGCCCAACCACAAAACAUGGGAAGUUCUGGAUACUUGGGACAUCAGCUUAAUCUAGGGAGUACAGGAUAUUUGGCACAACAGCCUAAUUUAGGGAGUACAGGAUAUUUGGCACAACAGCCUAAUAUGGGGAGCUCUGGGUAUUUGGCACAGCAGCCUAAUAUGGGGAGUUCCGGGUAUUUGGCACAACAGCCUAAUAUGGGGAGUGCCGGGUAUUUGGCACAACAGCCUAACAUGGGGAGCUCUGGGUAUUUAGCACAACAGCCUAAUAUGGUGAGUUCUGGAUACCUAGCACAGAAUUAUCAGAGCAGUGGGGCAUUGGGUAGCUCAGGCUUUCUGGCACAAAAUAAUUACAGCAGUGGUAGUCUGGGCAGUUCUAGUUACCUGGCACAGAGUGGUGGCAUCAUGGACCCUAAAAUGGCAUAUGCAUGGCAGCACCUGAAAGCUGACUUCAUGCAGCCCAGGAUCAACCACAUCCACAAGGCUGUAAACCCCCUCCUAGAGGCCAGCCGAGUGCAGCGGGAACAGUUUGGGGACAUCCCAAUGGCAGACAUGGUGGGGCCAGAGUCGGGGCUGGAGCUCCUCCACGGCCGUCUCCAGAGGGAUCCCCGUGGCAGCCGCUCUGAUCCUCAGAUGGACCAUCUGAGGCGAGAGAGGGAGUACAAGCUGGGUAGACAGACCUCCAGCGAACAGGAGAUCCAGGCCAGGCUAAACGAGCUGCCGUUGAUUGUGCGUCAGGAGCGCUACCGGAGGCGCCUGGAGAGGCAGUCGUCCAGCGAACAGGAGGGGAGCAGCAAGCAGAGGCUGCAGAGACAGGACUCGAGUGACCUGGAGGGCUCUAUUAAAGAGGGUUCUGACAAACGCUCAGGGGAUAAGAGAUCUACCAUGGCAGAGAUCGUAGAACAGGUCCAGGAGAGAGAGGCAGCAUCUGCACAAGGAGAUUCUUAUCGCCCUGCAAGCAGCCUCUCAGCACCUGUGACUCGUUUUGAUGGACGUCCUCGUGCACGAGACCGGCCCAAACCGAGGAGGAGGCCCCGUCCAAAAGAGCCUGAGGAGACACGACGUUCUCGCUCAGCUCCAGCUACUGGUGCCCCUACAACACCUCAGCCACCUUCACACACUGCCCAAAACGAAGGCUUCCUCUACCGCAAAAAGGCCACCACCUCUGACCUUGAAGCUCAGCAGAGAAGCCCAAACAGCAAGUCCUGGGUGAACGUAUAUUGUGUGUUGAAAGAGGGACAGUUGAUCUUCUACAAGGAUGCUAGAAACCACACCACAACAUACAAUGAAGAGCCUCCUGUAGAACUGAGUAACUGCUCCUAUGAUCCUUCAAUGGGAUACAAGAAGAAGAAAAAUGUCUUCAUUCUUCAAAUAAACGAUGGAAUCAACUUUGCAUUCCAUGCAAAAGAUGAGGAGGACCUGAAGGCUUGGACUUCUAAUAUCUCCACCUGCAUAGAUGAAUAUGAGGCCAUGGGCAAGUGGGACAAGCCAGGCACCUCGUCCAUGGACCCCGACCACUCGGAGAGAAAGGAGAAGUCAGAGGGGGACGCGGAUGCCAGGUCAGAGAGGUCCGAGCUCGCCGAAGGGGAGGAGAGGUCUGAGAAGGAGAGGUCAGAGAAAGGGGAUGGCUCUGAGAAGUUAGACACGUCAGAAAUUGCCGACAAAAUGGAGGGCGGGGCAGGGGGCUCCAGCACUUCUGGAAAGAGCAAAUGAGGAGCCCCUUUGUGUUUUAACAUUAUUCACUGACAAAAGGCGUAGGAGGCGGUGGGUGUGAGGGAUGGAUGGAGAGCAUGUGCAGCUAGGUUUGCUGAUCCUCAGUCACAGAGCUGGAACAUACUGAGGCCAUGGUCCUUGGACUGACUAUUGUUACUGUGACAGACUAAUCUCUCAGCCCCUCCCCUUCACCGAGGAAAUACAUCAGUGCUUGCAUUGUGCCACCUGCUGGUAGAUAGGAGGUUGGCCCAGACAGAAAGACAGACAGACUUCAACAAGUGGUCCCAGGUAUUAGUCACUGUCACGUCCCAUCGUUGAUCGUUUAAUCUCUUGGAUUCACAGCAUCUUUCUGUAUGUAUCUUUGACUGAUAAUGUAAUGCUCUGUCUAGCUAGACAAACCCGAGAAGUGGUGAAUGAUAUGUUUCACGAUAUCAAAAAAGAAAAAACUGUUUUUUGAAGCAAUAUACUUUUUUAUUUAUUCUCUUUGUUAAAAAGAGAAAAAGGGAAAAGGAAACAAUAAAUAAUUGCAAAUGUGAACUCUAUGAUUUGUCACAUCCACAUAAGCUUACUCCAGGCAGUUUUGCACCUUAGACACUUGACACAUCUGUAUACUAAUCAUAAUGACAUUUAAUCCCAUCACAUGGCUAGCUUUGAAUCAUGUUAAUAUAAAGGAAUGCUGGUGUUACCCACCUGACUUCAUUGGUGUCAAUUAAUACACAGUUCUACAGUUUCUUUUCAGAUUUUAUUUUUUAUUAUUUUUAUUAUUAUUAUUAUUAUUAUUAUUAUUAUUAUUAUUAUUAUUAUUAUUAUUAUUAUUAUUAUUAUUGUUUGUCCACAAUGAUCCAUGUCAAGAAAAGAGCUUUCCAUCGAAUUCUAAUCCAAGGUGUGUUCAAAGUGGCAAUGCUCAAAGUAAUACUAAGCCUAUGUGACACAAUGCCUUUGUAUACAUGACAAAAAUCAGAACAUUGCAUGAAAAAGUCUAUUAGUGCACUGUUAAACUUGCCUUUAUUUUUAUGUUCUUGAAAUAAGUUGGGCAGUAUUGGAAUUGCAAUAAUUUAAUGUGAGUGGGAGAAAAAUGUAUUUUACCAUAAUGGUCUACUUCUGAAAAUCCAGAGGUAAGUUUGACAAAGUAUGUUUGUCUUCUAACCACAGUAAGCAUGAGAAGAAAUGGAUGUUUCUUGGGGGGUUAUACCAGAGAAGUGACUACUCCUUGAUCUGUAACAUGAAUUAAGAAGCCAAAUGGCCCCUCUGCUGUUUGUACUGUAUUACUGCAAUUUCUUUUCCACAGAAUGUAUUGAUUUCAGCUGUGAAAUGUUCAAUCACAACAGAGUUUGUGGUGCCCAAAAUUGUAAAGUCCUGAAGCAGUUCGCUGAGAGUUAAGCCUCUCUGUACCCUGUGUCUUUCAUUUGAAGUUCAAACUGAUUGGAAUCUCUCCGUCAAAGGCAAGUUAAAUGUAAAACUGUCAUGAUUCAAGUCAUGAAUUGUAUAUACCUAUCUUUGUAUGUAUACCAAUAAAUCCUGUGCUCUAAUAAAACAAUACUCUGAACUGAAAUGGGUAAAAUUAAAACAUUUGUAUUAAUCCACGAAUAAAAACAAUCAUCACUCAAAUAUAUUAAUGUUUAUUACAAUUAAAUGAAAAAUAUGCAAAUUAGGAGCCUCUAUUAAAUAUCAUAGUGUAUAUAAAUACACCAGUAUCUAGUUGAAACACCUUUUACCAGGGAAGAGCAGCAGGACAUACAGUAGGUAUGCUUGUUGUAUUUUUAUAUGCCUAUAUUUAUUCAUAUCAGAUUCAGGAGUUGCCCCGCAGCCCCAAUAAGAAUGUGUACUAACAGCUGAGUCAGUGUGUCUGUGAGAGGUGUGAUACAUUUAUAUAUUACAGACCUGAGAAAACAACUAGCCUGGGCAGUUCAGUACAUGCUGCUCUGGAUAAUCUAAUAUUUGGUGACUAAACUGAAGUACAGCGUGCUGUGAUCCCAGAGAUGAACCGGCAUUAGUCCACUUAUUGUUUCUCAUGUAUGCCAAUUAUUUUAUUUUAUAUUUUAUAUGUAUAUUCAAAGUUUCAUUAAUGUCAGUAAAAUGUAGCCAUUUUGACACAUUGUACUCACAUUAAAGACGAAGGAGGAAAUACACAGCAGCUGAGACUUUCUUCAAUGUACGUACAGUAGCCUAUUCUUCCAUUUUCCAUCCUAUCAAACUGCACCUCAAAUGUGUAUAAAAAAAACAUCUUAACAGUUUUCCUUUCUAUGAAAACUCUAAAAGUAAAUCUCAGAUGCAACAGUAUUUGAAUUCCCUGACUUGAGGAUUGCAGUGACAGCGUGCUGUAUCUGUAUUACUGCAGCCUUCAAAUGAGUUGAACGACAAUACAUAAGUUAUGUUAUGGUGUGAAUGUUAUUUUCAUUUGUCAUUCACUGUUUGUUUUUACAUAAGUGCCAUGUCAUGCAGUUUGCUGAAACAGUGGUUCAGAAGAGAAAAAAACAAUUGGUUAUUGAAACAUGAAUAACGACAGUGAGCCAUGUCAUUGCAAUACAUAUUUUUAUCAUUGAAAUAGGAGCUGUAGUAUUUUCGUGUGGCUGUAAUUGUGCUGAUUUAUUGCUCAUGGCAGAUAUUUAGCCCGCAUCACCAUGUGUGUUGUAAGGGUUUGCUUACCAUCACUUUUAUGAAACCCACAGGGGACUUUUUUCCACUAUGUUAUAACAAUAACAGUCCAAAUUAAAUAGGCAGCAUAAACCGUGACUGAAGAAAAAAAUACUGUGCAAACUUUGUUUCCUUCAUUGAUGGUCUUACAAGUGUGUAUGUUGUUGUUACUUUACAUUAAAACUAGCUGCUAUGACAUUAAAUAAACCUCCAAACCUGCUGAUGCAAA